GCGCUGCUCUAUUGAAGAACAGGCACUUGAAAUCAGUGGCAAGAGGCUAUCCUCUCAAAACUCGACUGUUCCACGCGACUGCUUUUGUGCUCCCGACUGACCCAAACAAGUAAAUGGACAACCCCAUCGGGCGAUUGCUGGACACCACGCUCGGCUUUCGGGGUCGGCAGAACCUGUUGGCUUGGGCGUUUGCGGGCGGAUUGGCCUACUACUUCAUCUACCUCCCAGAGCAGCGGAAAAUUGAGGAGCGCAAGGUAAUAUACGAGCAGCGGCGGAAUGACGGCUGGUGCUGCGGCCCGUGUGCGCGUGGCGGCGUUGUCAAACCGGCCCAAUACAUUGAGCGGCGCAAAUAUUAUGAGGAGAAGGGCCUGUGGGACAUUGACCGCGCCAAGCCCGUGCCGGACAAGCAGCAGAACGGGCUGCUGGUGGGCUCGGCCGCCAUCAGGGCGGAGGAGGAGCUGCAGCAGCGGCUGCGACAACGGCGUCAGGGGGCGGCGGCGGCGGCGGCAAUAGAGGCACCGGCGGCGGAUGAAGCGGCGGUACAGGCGGUACCAGCAGUGGCGGCUGUGGCGGGAGGGCGAGAGAGUGUGGCAGAGGUGCCUGUGAUAAAACACGUGGACACGCUGGCGGCGGGAGGGCAGCCGGCUGUGCAGACGCCGGUAGCGGAGCAGGGGGGAGCGCCUGAGCGGUAGCAGCGGCUCGGCAGGUGUCUGCGAGCGCCCAAACUUGUUGCCGCAUGCCGCAUGGGCGCAUGGGUGCGUGGCCAUGCGAGUGUUGGCCAUACAUGAGCUUAGGCAUGGCGCGCGCAAUUGGACGGCUCACCCGGGUGCAGCGUAAUGUUGGUGAUGGCGGCUUGGAUGGGAGCAUGUGGAGUGGCGAAUGCAGCCGGGCGCUAAUGGGCUAGCACAGAUGCGUUUCGCGCGUGUGCGCAUGCGGCCGUGUUGCCGCGUGAAGUCCGGAGGCACGGCAUGAGGCGGCGGCACAGGACCUGGCGACUGCGGCGGCGGCGCAGGACCUGGCGGCGGCGCAGGGCCUGGGCCCAGCAGUGGCGGCAUGCAUGUGCGUAGCAGAGGGGCAGGCAAGGCCACGUGGAGGAGGAGAGCGCGGUGCCGCCCGAGAAGCGGCGCCGGCGCGCAGGACCACAGGUUGAGACCUGUCGGUGUCUGGUUGGCGGUCUUUGGUGGCGAUCAUAGCGUGGCACAGUGUGGGGAAGGAUUUGACGGCUGUGCUUGUGCUUGACAGCGGGACUAGCCGGGCACAUGGCUGGCUAUGCGGCUAUGUCCGGGAAAUGGGGUAGUUUUGCACCAACGUGGCGUGGCGGCACAGCCCAUCUUUCCCCUUGAGCGGGAGAGCCACCCUUUCUUGUCAACAGGCAGUGCACGAGGUUGCGUCAUGAGGUUGCAUGGACUUUACCGUAUAUGGGCUGGAGUGGGGUGCCAACAUGCGGGGCGAACCGCGAACGUGCAACUGGGGCCCAACCGUUCGGCAUUUAGCAGGGGCAAAAUGCGUGCUUCUGAUACCACUGGGCUGUGGCUGGAGGCGGGCUUCACAAGUGAAAGUAACAUGGGGGCGCAU